AGAAUUGGGAGUAGCAGAGAUGAUUCGGGACAAAUUUGUGGGAGUUGAUUCAGGUCAGAUUGAAGGAAAUGGACAGGAGGGUGGAGAAGCUGGAGCAGAGGAAGCUGAGCUUGCAUUGGAGGCUGGUAAUGUGAUCACCGAGCGACGGAUAGGUUGGACGAGGAAAUCAGCUAGGGAAGGCCCGUCCGAGCGGAUUGCUGUAAACGAGGAGAGUGCGAUUACAAGGGCACUGAGCCAAGCAUCUAGGAAUCGAGGAUCUCCAAUUUUCCAACCUCUGGAGGGUACAUUAUUCAGUAGCAGCGAAGAGGCGAGAGAUUUCUUUAAUCUUUAUUCAUGGGAGAUUGGGUUUGGAAUCCGUUAUGGUCGUAGCAACAAGAAUAAUAAAGGAUACACAACCAGGCAAGAUAUUGUUUGUUCUUGUGAGGGAUCACCGCGAACCAAGAAUUGUGCGUCUAUCAGGACUGGAUGUAAAGUUAUGAUAAGGCUGCUGAGAACAAGUGAUCAUGGGUGGUACAUUAGUCGAGUUAGCACAAGCCACAACCACAAAUUAUCAGAGGGGUAUGCAGAGAAGAAACAGUGGAAUUCUCAUAGCAUGAUUGAUCCGAGCACUAAGUAUUUCAUCAAGAAACUUCGAGACAACAAUGUCAGUAUUGGAAGGGUUUGCAGCAUUAUUGGUGUCACAGAUAGUAGUGCUAUGAAUCCAGUUCGUAAAGAGACCAUCAGGUCACUCUGCGCGAAGGUAGCAAGGGAAAAUAUGGCUGAUGACAUUGGUAAAACUGUCCAACUUUUACGGGAAAUGAAAAUCAAAGAUCCACUUAUGGAAGUGAGGUUCAAGGUUGAUGAGAAGGGCACAGUUAAAUCUAUGCUUUGGUGUACUGGAAAGAAUAGGAUGGAUUACAAGAACUUCGGUGAUGUUGUUACAUUUGAUACAACCUAUCGUACCAAUUUGUACAGCUUGCCGUUUGGAAUUUUUAUCGGUGUUAAUUGCCAUUUUCAGUCAAUUAUUUUUGGUGGCGUUCUUUUGUCUACUGAGACAGCAGAAGACUUCCAAUGGGCAUUUCAAAAUUUCAUCGAGAUGAUGGAUGGAUCAGUUCCAAUAACUGUGCUGACAGAUCAAUGCGCGGCAAUGGGAAAGGCAAUUCGUACUGUUUUGCCUGGGACACGUCAUCGAUGGUGUCGUUGGCAUGUCUUGAAGAGUGCUAAGAAGAAGUUAGGGAAAGUUAUUGCGAGACACAAGCAAUUCAAAAGUGAUUUCUAUAAUCUCAUCACCAACGAGACAUGUGUUGAUAGUUUUGAAUUGUCGUGGAAGAAGUUGAUCAUAAAGUACCGGCUUGUGAAGAGCAAGUAUAUGCUAAGACUUUACAAGCAUAGGGAAAAAUGGGCCAAACCAUACUUUAUGAGUGUUUUUUGUGCUGGGAUGACGAGCACGCAAAGGAGUGAAAGUGCUAAUCACAUGCUUAAGAGGCAUAUUCAGAAGGCUGCGCCUAUGCACAUGUUUGUAAGCAAGUUCAAUGAGUUCCUUUGUUACAAGGAAAAUGAGGGUAGGGGCUCCGAUUGA